AUGCACGACAUGGAGGUGCUGACACUUUCACCUUGCACGACUCUGAAAGAGAACUUUACAAGCGAAGCUGCACUCACUGGAAUUGACUUUACUGCUAAUAAGAUUAUAAUACCUAUGGGUGGAAGGGCGUUCACCACCUUGGGCGAGCACGCGUUCCCUCGUAUCCCGCCUGAGGUUUAUGCGCGACUUAAGACGCGCUUUACAGAACGAUUGAGGGAACUGUAUGCAUGCGUCGGUGUACCGGUAGAAGCACCAGAAAAGGAGGACCACGGGGAUGUCGACUUUAUUGUAUGCGAGCCACUCAGCUCUGGCCCGUACGCUCUUGCUAGCAUCAAAGCAGCGCUUGUCCCUGCAGACAAGGAACUUGGUUGCAAAGGCAUUGGAAAGUUCUUCCAAGUCGAUGUACAUGUGUGUGACGACAAGCCAGAAUUGGAGCGUACAUUAUUUUUCCAAUCAUAUGGUGAUCUUGGAAUGAUCCUUGGUCUUCUUGCACGCUCUCAUGGAUUCACGCUAGGAACAAAGGGGUUUAAGACGUACUUUGCACAUCCUGACGAUGGCCAUAUCUCAUCGUUCCUUUUGUCCGAGUCGUUUCACGAUAUCCUUCCUUUCCUUGGGCUGUCCAUGGAGGAAUGGGAACAAGGAUUUCCUACUCUUGCGUCUGUCUUUACUUGGGUACAAACCUCUCAGUUUUUCAAACCGUGCCGUCUUAUAGACGCGGACCCAUCAAAAGCAAAGAAAGCUCAUCGUCAGCAACGAGCGAUGUAUUCUGCGUUUUUGGCGUUUUCUAAUGAACGCGCCAUUGCGGAUUCAGCGCUAUAUUCCCCACGAAGUUAUGAUCUUCCUUCAGACGGAGCAGAUUCUAAGCGAGCUACCAGUGCUUUGAAGACGGUCCCUGGAGGUCCCGAAGGUGGUAAACCGAAGUUUGAGCACCAAGGCCUUCUUGAACAAGCUCUUGUUUAUUUUGGCAGGAAGGCUGAGUACGAAGCACUUGUUGCGGAGAAUAUACGGCGGCGGGCCUUGCGGGAGAAGCUCAAUGGUACUCGUGUCAUGGCAUGGACUGGCCUGCAAGGAGUUGCCAUAAAGUGGAUCAUGGAUGGUAUACGCGAGAGGUUGGGCGUGGAUGGUAUAAUUGCCGCCCAGGAUGACAAGAUUCGCGAGUUGGCAUUAGACGUGCAAACGCAGCUUGGCUUGUUUCCAAACACUGGCGUGUCGUUCGGUACAACGCCAAAAAAUCUAACAAUUGGUACUCUAUCGUGAACACGCGCAGUCAACGUGCUACAGAGUUACCUCUUGCAAAGCCAUUGCUCUUGAAUCAUAACUAACAUAUAAGAUACCCACGUCUCCUGCUACGCUGCUUC